UUACCUUGCAAACAGGGUACACAUGACCAGUGGUCACCAACAGUGUUAGUUAACUAAGUGUUGUGCGUGAUACCUUACAAGCAAAAUGAAAGCCUUCAUCGCAAUCCUCUUCAUGACGGCAUCAGUUCUCGCUGAACCUAGCAAAGUUAUUCAAAAGCGGAGUGGACUGGUCGGACAUUACGCUGCUGCCGCACCCAUCAUACAUUCCGGCUACAGCCUGGGAGGUUACGGCUUUGGUGGCGGUCUCAGCUCAGGGUACGCCACCGGCCUCACCUCAGGGUUAGGUGCUGCGCUAGCUGCAGGACCAGGCAUCGCUGUGGGACCAGGAGGCGCUAUUGGCGGUGCCACAAUCGUUGGUGCUGAUGUUCACACGACUGUCACCAAGCACGUCGGCGUCCCCGUGCCAGCUCCUUACCCUGUGGCAGUAGACAGGCCUUACCCUGUCCCCGUCAGGGUAGCGGUGCCAGUACCAGUAGACCGGCCAUACGCUGUCGCAGUGCCAAGGCCCUACCCAGUAGCGGUUGAGAAGCACGUCGCAGUGCCAGUCGACAGGCCAGUUCCUUACCCGGUUCCACACGCAGUUCCUUACCCAGUUAUCAAACAGGUCGGAGUUCCAGUUCCCGCUCCAUACGCUGUGCCAGUACCCAAACCUGUAGCAGUUCCAGUGCCCCAACCGUUGGGAGUACCAGUAGUCAAGUCCAUCGUCACCUCAGGACUGGGAGCGUCCCUCUAUGGUGCUGGUCUCCACGGUCACGGACUCGCUUCUAAGAUCUGGUGAAGAGGUGCGAAUUGAACACUCGAUUGUUAUUUGAAACAAAAAUUAUGAUCGUAAAUACCACUUGGAUAAAAAGGUUAUGUUAUUCGCUGAAAGAGUACCUUUCUACUGAUGUUAAAAUUAAAAAAAAAAUCAGCAAGCAAAGUUUUACAAACUUUGGAAAUGAUGCGGCUAGUUUACGUCUAACAGUUUUUUGCGUUUAUAGUCGAAAGUAUUACGAAAUAGGUUUUAAUGGCUUCACUUGUACGUGGUCAUAA